AUGGGUUUCGCUUUGUGCGUCCGUAGGUCAGCGUUUAGGUUUGCUUCCGCGUGUGGUGGUGGGUUGGGUCGAGUCCGGUCAAUCUCCGCCGUUGUUAACCGUCCGUCUCUAACUCGCGACCUAUCUCCGCUGCGACCAUUCGUCUCUCGUGAGUUACUUUACUCGACGGCUAUUGAUCGGAUGAGCUCCGAGCAAAGCCUUCUCCGAGUGAUUGAGUCUGAGAUCAAAUCUGCUCGGGAAACCGGUGAUCGCGAUUUGGAUGAAGAGACGGCUCCAGGAAGCUUCCCUUUUAAAAUUGAAGACAAUCCUGGACGUCAGAGUGUAACGUUGACUAGAGAUUACAAGGGUGAGCAUAUUAAAGUUGUAGUAAGCAUGCCUAGUCUUGACGCUGAUGAGGAUGAAGUUGAUGAGGAUGAUGAUGAUGAUGGUGCUAGUAAUGGAUCAAGUAUUCCACUGGUUGUGACUGUUACUAAGAAGAGUGGAGUCAGCCUUGAGUUUAGCUGCAUGGCUUUUCCAGAUGAGAUUGCCAUUGAUGCUUUAUCUGUGAGCCAACCGGGGAAUACUUUGGAGGAUCAGUUGGCUAAUGAAGGGCCUGAUUUCGAAGACUUGGACGAGAAUCUGAAGAAGACAUUCUACAAGUAUCUGGAGAUCAGAGGAGUGAAAGCAAGCACAACGAAUUUCUUGCACGAGUACAUGAUGAGGAAAGAGAAGCGUGAGUACUUGCUGUGGUUGAAGAAUGUUAAGAAGUUUAUGGAAGAAUGA